AUGAAGACAGCUUAUCUUGAUUUUAGUGAAAACUUCAAUGAAAUACCCACACGAAUAAGAAUCUUUGAGACAGAAGAUAAGACAUACAUCUUUGUUAGUCAAUACCCAAAAGAUAUGGGUUUAUAUAAUAAUUUUCUUAAAAAACUUAUUGAACCACACAUAAAGAAAGAUUUAUUUUGUAUUUGUAAUCUUAAAAAUUAUGAUUCAAUCACUAAAAUAUCAGAAGCAAUUGUUAAAAUUUUAACUAAUAAAUAA